CUAGUAAACAAAUCAAACGCAGUUUAAAGACUGCCCCUACCAUAUAUAGCUCACUUUGGACUGCGUAAACGGUUUGAUUAAACGCCAUGUUAAAACGCAAAUUAAACCAGCAAAAAGAUAAUCUGGAGGAUGUGGAGUCGAAAAAGUCACUUCCAAAUGAGGAAAGUACCAUAUCCGAUUUCUUCAGCCAGCCUCUGUGGUUGAAAUUCUAUAACACCGAGGUCAAGUUAAACGAGGUGCUAGAAGAACUGACCCCCCCUCCGAACAUUAAGUGCAUCUACAACCCCAUAGUGUAUGCGUCACAACUGCACUGUGAUUAUGUGCGACGGUUUUUGAGUGGUCCGAAAAAGCUGGUGUUUAUUGGGAUGAAUCCAGGACCCAAUGGAAUGGCUCAAACCGGGAUACCCUUUGGCAACGUGCGCACUGUUAAACUUUUGCUGCAACUAUCAGGAUCUGUGGACAAACCUCCUGUCGAACAUCCCAAACGUCCUGUUUUGGGCCUGGACUGCAAGAUUGAGGAGCCCAGUGGUGUUCGCCUAUGGGAGUUAUUUCUGCGAUUGGCUGGAAACGUAAACAUCUUCACCCAGCAAUGCUUUGUGCACAAUUUUUGUCCUCUGGCCUUCUUCGAUGAAGCGGGCAAAAACCUAACGCCCAGUGAAUUGAAAGGGCCUUACAAAAAGCAGCUGCGGGACCUUUGUUUGGAAACACUUGAGGAGCAAUUGGUUCUACUUAAGCCCCAAGUUCUUGUGGCUGUGGGGGAAUAUGUUCAUACCGCAUUGAAAGGAUCAAGGUACUGCCAAUCGGAUGCCGUUUCUGUCCUCCGGCUGCCUCAUCCAAGUCCUCGAUCUGUUAAUAAUAACGAUUGGCCGAAUAAGGCUCGAGCUUUUUUGGAGGAGAACAACCUAAUCCGUUUUUUGCGGAAUGAGGCUUAAAGCACGAAAUGCAUCAGGUAUGCAUUUAAAAGCACAAACGUUUUUGUAGGGCUUACAAAUUGGCAAUACUCAAGUACUCUUUAUCGGCUAAGAAACCAAAGUACAAAUUUUCUAAUUUUUGUAAGCAAUUCCAUCAUUUUUUAUAAUCUUAAUGAAACUAUUUGAUACAAAAAAUGGAUCUUCUAAAUGUAAGCAAUGAUUAAGGGGGAUAAAUCAUAUUGUGGAAAUAUAUAAUAAUAUAUAUAAUCAUUUUCAAAGCUUAA